AUGGCCAGAGAACACUUCAUCUUGACGAUCAGGAGAAACGAUGAAGUGAUGAAGGUGAACGGAUCGUCAUUCUAUGACAUAAUGGAAAAUCGCCGCUGGCCCCGUGACCCCUUCAAGGACCUCCUGGGCGGGACGAGCGAGAAGUACCCGGUACUUUCCUAUCCGUGGCCCUCGCUCAGUCCCGCCCUGUACCUGUGACCUGGCGGUGACUCCUUCCGGAAGGGACAACCCCCGGACGCAGCCACGUUCGACGAGC